AUGGACUACGAGCAGAACGCCCACCUCGCCGCUGCGCCCGCCUACGCGCUCGAGUCCGACUCAGAGUCGGACUGGGACGACGACGAGCGCCCUCCCCACUCGACCACCGCCGCCGCCAAGCAGCUCGCGCCCGACGCCGCCGUGUCGCUCGAGAGUGGUGGGCAGGGGCUCGAGAAGGGUCAGGAGGCGGUCUUUUUGCUCGGCGAGGCGGGCGAGCGGCUCGCGCAGGGGGUGCAGCUCGAUGACGCGGCGCGGGCGAUCAAGGUGCUCGUCGAGGGGGAGCAGGUCGGCCACGUCGUUCCUCCAGCCGCAGCGGCCCCCGGCCCUACCCUCGUCUUCCUCACCACCGCCCUCCCCCUCGCCUCGCUCCACCCACUCGCGUCGACCCUCCUCGAGGCCCUGCAGCCGACAGUCGUCACCAUCGUCUCGUCGUACCACCUCCCGUCGUACAUCCCGCCGGUCAAGCGGGUCGACCCCUCGUCCGCCUCGAGCGCGCCCAUCCUGUCCCUCGCCUCGCCGUCGCCCUCUCCCGCCGUCAUUCAGCUGCGCUCGACCGGCGCGUUGUCCCCCUUCACGACCCCGAACCUGCACCACGGCCUCGGCUCGUCCCUCCUCACCCUCUCGCACCUCUCGCCCUCGACCACGUCGUCGACGCUCCUCCUCCUCCCGACGACGACGCCGCCGCAACCGCUCAACGGGCCCUUCUCGCUCGCGUCGCCCGUCGGCAUGACGUCUGGCAGCGCCGGGACGCUGUACGACGCCGGCGGUCCGACGAGCCUGAGCGACCCGGGCGCCCUCUUCCGCGAGCUGGUCGGGCUCGGCGGCCCGAGGAGGACCGCGGCGGCGCCGAGCGCGGCACUGCGCGAGGUCAAGGCGGCGCUCGGGUGGGACUGGUGGAGUCCAGAGAGGCAGGGCGGUACCGCUUUCGAGUGGCUCGAGCGGCAGAGGAGGGACAAGCGGCGCGAGCAGGCGGGCAGCAUGUACACGUGAGGCGACUUGGGUGCAAGUCUCCCCACUCGAGCGUGCGCGGUCGUCGACGUCGAGGUCGAGGAGGAGAGGCUCGGGCGGGGGAUCGGCACGUGCACG